UGCGGGCUCCUGUAGGCAAUUUGGUUUGGGCCAGUUGACCCACACAAUUAUUUACGAGAUUAUUAAAACAGGGCGAUCGCAUCAUCAGAAUCCUUCUUCCCUUAAUGCCGCCUUCAUUUGAAGCUCCCUGAGACGCAAGAGGCAGCACUCAGAGCACACAGAAACCUCAUCUCCUCCCCGGUCUCCGUCCCGGGCCCAACGAGGAGGCCGCGGCUGCCAUGGGCGACACCGCGACCGCAGCGCCGGUGGCGCCGAGAAGGUUCGGCAGGAUCUGCGUCUUCUGCGGCAGCAACCCCGGCAACCGCACGAUCUUCGGGGACGCCGCGCUCGACCUCGGGAAACAGCUGGUAGCGAGGGGGAUCGAUUUGAUCUAUGGCGGCGGCAGCGUCGGUUUGAUGGGCCUGAUCGCGCAGACGGUUCUUGAUGGCGGCUGCCGUGUCCUCGGGGUGAUUCCAAAAGCACUCAUGCCCCUUGAGAUAUCUGGUGCAAGCGUUGGAGAAGUAAAGGUUGUCUCUGACAUGCAUGAGAGGAAAGCUGAGAUGGCGCGACAAUCUGAUGCCUUCAUUGCUCUUCCUGGAGGGUAUGGUACAAUGGAAGAGUUGUUAGAGAUGAUAACAUGGUCACAACUUGGAAUUCAUGACAAACCAGUUGGAUUGCUAAACGUUGACGGUUACUAUGACCCGUUGCUUGCGCUAUUUGAUAAGGGCGCCAUGGAAGGUUUUAUUAAGCAAGAUUGCAUAGAUAUAAUUGCUUCAGCACCGACUGCACAUGAAUUGCUGCAAAAGAUGGAGCACUACACUCGGUCACACCAGGAGGUAGCCCCACGGACAAGCUGGGAGAUGUCGGAGCUGGGUUAUGGAAAAGCACCAGAGGAGUCAUAGCAUACGCUUGCCAAGAUGACAUUGUUGCUGAAGUCCUCUUGUUCUUCGUCUAGCACUAGUGUUACUGGACUGGGGGCAUCGGCUUGCAAGUAUCGUCUUCUGAUUUACCUUUUUAGUUGCGUUUCAUGCUACCUGUGCGUUCAAUUGUUACUUCAUCUGGUGAAGAAGUAUAAGAAUUUGUAUCUACUUCGACAGUAACAGUGUGGGCAAAUGCACACAUGGUUAUGAUUUAUAUUACUCUGUUCGCCUUGUUUGUGAUGAA